UUUUGUAUUUUUUAACGCGGAUUAGUCUAGAUUCCAUGUUUGCCAGCCUGACAGGCCUGACGUGUCUUCCCACACUAUAAAUCAACCCAUUGACGCGGCACCGUUUGGGAAUCCUUGUCUUGUUACCAAAUUUAGCAAAAGAGAAACAAAAGGAAUACAUUUUUAUUUUUAUUUUUCUCGAGGGUCAUGGUGUAACCCUCAGAAUUCUCUAUACAAACCUUUUCCUUUCUUUGGUUCUCUCAAUCUUUUUUUUUUUUUAAUUUCUUAUCUGCAGUUAGGGUUUUUGGGUUUUGUUUUUUAAAUGCAGCAGUCACCGCAGCAAAUGUUGAGCAUCACCACCGAGCAGAUUCAAAAGUACUUAGAAGAGAACAAGCAGCUGAUUAUGGCUAUACUGGAGAAUCAGAACAAGGGAAACGUUUCUGAAUGUGCUUCGUAUCAAGCCCAGUUACAGCAGAACCUGAUGUACCUAGCAAGAAUUGCUGAUGCCCAACCCCAAGGAACCACAAUGCCUUCUCAGAUGCCCCCCCAGAAGCCUGCAGUGAAGCAAGAGCAGUACAUGCAGCCAUCUCAAGUUGCUAUGCCUCAGCAACCAAUUUUCUUCAAUCAGAAGCUCCCUUUCCAAACGAACUUUCAGCAUGAGCAGCAGCAACAGUUGCCACCACACCUCCAACAGCAACACUUCACCCAAGGACAGAUCAGAAUGAGACCCGGUGUCACUGAUCAAGAUUCUGAUGCCUAAAACCAGCAAAUUCUGAUUGCCCAGAAUGUCUGUAGUUUAGGACUGCCUCAGAACUAGCAGUACAGGAAUAUCUAUUUAACUGCAUUUUCUUCUGUAGGCUGUCUGGUUAAUAUAUCUUGUAAGCAUUACUAAGAGGCCUUCGCUUUUUCUUUCAUGGGUGUGUAUGCUCAGUAAUUUCCAGGUAAAUGUGCUGCUAUUUUUCUAGGGGUUCGGAUGGAAAAGCUUCGUACAAGUGGGAAUAUGGAGGCAUUGUUUGGUUUCACUGUCAAUUCUUGUUAAAGGCAGUUAUUCA